UCUACAUGGUCACUUGGUUUGAAAGAACUAGAGAAUUUCUGAGCCUGAUAGAACCAAAAGAAAGUAAAUUCUUAGCAACACUUGUUGAAGACUUUUUCGACACAGCGCUGGUCAUUGGCAAAAGCAAUGCAGAAGGGAAGAAACAGCUGCUUGAAUCCUUCCUACCGUACUUGGGACAUAUAGCUAUUGAACCUAACGUGAACUGUGCCCUUCGACAGGAGGCUCUGAGAACCUUAAACACGCUGUUGGACAACGUAGCUCGAGAGGACCGAAAGAAGUUUGCCUUGUCUGAAGAGAUGUGUUUGCUUACGAAAGAACUUGCAAAAAUGAUUCUGGUUGUUGGAGACUAUGAUAUCCAGGUUGCGAUUUUGGAAGCCCUGUUCAGACUGAUGUUGAAAAAAUGGAGAGAUGACCUUGCUCACAAUUGGUUUGAAGAUAAACACAUUGCUAAUGCCUUCAAAGAAAUCAAGGAUAGAGACUUUGAAACUGAUUGCAGGAAAUUUCUUAAUGAAGUAAAUGAAAGACUUGGGGAUAGAAGAAGAGUGUUCUCAUUUCCUUGUAAAGCUGCUUAUGCUGACACGAAUAAGUUAGCAAAACCUGCUGAUGAAAAAUUGGAGGAGUUUUGGAUUGACUUCAAUUGCGGAAGCGAGAGUAUAAGUUUCUACUUAAAUGACCCUGAGCGUGCUCUCUGGGAGUCUGUGAGAUUGCCAGAAGAAGUAGUCAGCAGUUAUUGUGUGCAAGAAGAAGGGGGAGAAAAGAUUCUUCAAAUACUCUUGCAGAACCCCACUACAAUCAACAGAAAAGAAGUAACAAAGAUAAAAAUUCACUUCAAUAGCAAGUUUGAUAUUUCGAGUCCACUCAGUAAGAUCUCUGGAAAGGAUAAAAUGGAGCUCGAACAGAUAAUAUUGGAUGAAGCUGAUGCCAGUAACAGCAGGGAUCAGCCACAACAAAAUGGGAUUGUGCCAAGCAAUCAAGAAGAGCGGAUAAAAGAUUCUGCAGGCACAGAUUCCGUAUCAGAUGUUUUUGGAUCACAUCAGUGUGAAGAAUCCGUUACCACUAGGACAAAAAUGGCUACUCCUGUGGAUACGGCUGCGUUUGAUAAAAGACAACAGACGGGAAAAGAACAUGGCAGUCCUGGUCAAGCAUCCAUGGAUACUGCAGCGGUUUCUUUAGUGCACUCAGCAGCGACACUGAAAACUCCUUCACCAUUGAAACUGUCUCAAUUGAAAAAGAAAGAUAAGACUAUCGAGUCAAGAGCAGAAGGAGAAUCUGAUAUCCUGCCUAUAGAAACACACACUGUAGAGGAUAACGAGAAAGGCAGAAAAAGAAGUUCAAGCAAAGGAAUGACAGAAGCAAAGAAGGAUGUAUAUGAGUUUGGAAACUCCUCUGAUUCUGUGGCACACAAUAUGGUCACCGAAAUGAAGCGUAAAGUCUUUGUCCAGGAUACCCCUUUGCACAGGAGUUUGGAAAAAAGAACUGUGGAACUGCAGAAGGCGGAAAAAAGAAAGUCGGCUAGUUACAAGGAUCAUCUGUUCUCUGAAAGCAACCAUGAAACUCCAAGCAACAGUGCUAGUGAGAAAAGUUGGAUCAUCGACUCUCGGAAAAAAUCCAGGUCCAGAACUGUUUGCUAUACUCAUAGAAGGCCAAAGGUCAGAAGCAAUCUGAAAGUGUUGCCAUUAUCUUCUCCGAGUAGUUGCAGCGAUCACCAUGCAAAGGAGGCCGGGAAUUCAUCCAUGCACAGAGACAUGGCCGAGAAAAGAAGGAAACUGAGCAUAAGAUUACAAGACUUCUUAGCAGGGCAGCAAACUGGCAUGACUUCAACCCCGUUGGCACGUAGGAGUCGAAAUGGCUUGGAAAUGGAGGAUGCCAAUUUGCCACUAAAUGUUUCUUCCCUUGAUGACUCGGAUGCUGAUGGAAGCAAGAAGUAUGGCGCUGCAUCCAGUACUCUGCCUCUGAAAGACCUGGUCUCUAAAUCUAAGUGCAAACUCGCAGGUUUCCAAAGUGUUCUCAGCGAGAAGCGAUUGAAAGCCACCAAGAGGAACUUUAGUAACGAGCUGUCUUCUAGCCUUUCUUUUGAACCCAAACAACUUUUUGAUUCCAUGGAUGUAGAAGAGGAAAUCCAUAAAGGAGAAACUUUAGAUGCAUUGGAAGAUAAUGUCUCCGCCAUGUUCCGGGAAGACAUUGGUGAUUCAGGUGUCAUUGCUGCAUUUGAGACCUUCACAAAUGAACUGAAGAAAACAUUUUGGUCUCGAUACAAGAGGAUAGAGAUUUACACGCAAAAUACCUUGAAGUCACCUGAACAGAAUAUGUCAGCAUUAUUGAAUCAGAUCCAUCAGUGCAGGCUAAAGGAACUGGAAAACUUCCACAGGAUUGUUGUGAAGGAACUAGACAACCUGGAGAUGAGGGUUCAAUUUCUCUCAAGUCUUGAGAGGAAUACAGUGGAAUUUUGGACUAAACAAUCAAACAAGCUGAACAGAAAACUGAAUGCUUUUUGUGCUCAUCAAAUGCAGAGGAUACAGUCCAUGGCUACAGGGCCAGAUGGAAUAGCAAGGAAUCAAAAGGAGACAGGCCAGAAUGUCAAGUUUGGAAAAGUUGUAGACCUUGAGGAGGAGAGAGACAAGGUUUUCAUUGUUACUUCAGACUGAUAAAAAUUGGUUGCAAUAAACUUAAAGAUCCUCCAA